CCGGUGCAGGUUGACAAGCCUCUCGUCUCGCUGCCGUUGGUCCGCCGAACAAACAGCACCAGCCUUACCAAUCUGCUCGCGAACGACCAGGCGAGGGCCCGCUACCUCAAGAAUCGCACUCAGGCCGACCUCGAGGGCCGCACUGCGAGUGUUGAUGUGACCAACAUCGCUGACACCUACGUUAUUAGCGUGGAUUCCCUGAUUGUCGAUACAGGUUCUUCCAACACCUGGAUCGGCGCUGACAAGUCGUACACGCCGACCUCCACCAGCAGCAGCACCGGUCAGAUAGUGUCCGUCACCUACGGCUCGGGCAGCUUCGUGGGCACAGAGUACACCGACACCGUCACGCUCGGCGACGGGCUGACCAUCACAGAGCAGUCCAUUGGUGUCGCCGCGUUGUCCAGAGGCUUCUCGGGUGUCGAUGGUAUUCUCGGUGUCGGCCCGGUUGGUCUGACCGAUGGUACUGUCGGCUUAUCCGGUACGGUACCCACCGUCACGGACAACCUCCUCUCCCAGGGUACCAUUGACACGGAGGUCCUCGCGGUCUCUUUCGAACCGGCGACGUCUGAUAGCGACGCCAACGGUGAGCUCACCUUUGGCGGCACCGACUCCUCAAGUACACCGGCUCCAUCAACUACCCCCAUCACGUCCACCUCCCCCGCGAGCGAAUACUGGGGCAUCGACCAGGAUAUCUCGUAUGGAUCCUCGUCGAUCCUGAGCUCCACUGCUGGUAUCGUCGACACUGGAACGACACUCGUCCUGAUCGCUACCGACGCGUACGACAAGUACAAGUCCGCUACCGGCGGGACUGAGGACUCGACCACCGGCCUGCUGCGCAUCUCCAGCUCGCAGUACAGCAGCCUUGAUACGCUCAACUUCAACAUCGGCAGCACGACCUACAGCCUGACGCCGAACGCGCAGAUCUGGCCGCGCUCGCUGAACAGCGCGAUCGGCGGGACUGCGGAUGACGUCUACCUCGUUGUGAACGACAUCGGGAGCAACUCCGGCUCGGGGCUCGACUUCAUCAACGGGUACACGUUCCUCGAGCGCUUCUACUCCGAUUUCGUACUGGGGCGUCGCGAAAUUGUGAUGCUCGCUACAUUCUUUUGUUGAA